AUGUUAUCUGGCCCUUCUGUGGGCAAAUCUAUAAGCAUUAAGGAAGUUGUAGAGGAACCAAUAGAAAAACACCCAGAGGAGCUUGAGAAGGCAAAAAGUUCUAUUGAUAUGUCAAACAAGGAGAAGGAAGAGGAAGUGAAAAAAUUAGAUCCAGGUGUAGUCACUAUUCCCUGCAAAGUUGGAACCAUCAAAUUCACUAAAGCACUAUAUGAUCUGGGGGAAACCGUUAACCUGAUGUUGUUGACUAUUUAUAAAAAGUUGGGCCUGGGGAAUCCCAUACCUACCAACAUGAGGCUGGUGAUGGCUGACAGAUCAGUAAAGCGACCUAUUGGCAUUCUGUAUGAUGUGUUGGUAAAGGUCUCAAAUUUCAUAUUCCCUACAGAAUUUAUCAUUUUGGACUGUGAGGUGGACUUCGAGGUGCCCAUAAUCUUAGGUCGACCUUUUCUCACAACUGGAAGUAUAUUGAUUGAUUUGAAAGCGAAUAAGCUCUUAUUCAGGGUGAAUGAUAAAGAGGAUGUGGUCAGAAUUGAACAGCUUGUUAUUGAGCCAUUAGCCACGAUUGUGAUAAACUAUGAUAGGGAAGGCAUUGAAGAGUAUGAAGAGAUAUUUUGUGCCCUGAAUAGCCUAGGCUCAUAUUCUCAUGAUCCUAAAAACCUUGACCUUAAUCUAGCUAAUCGACCAACACCACCAGCCAAGCCAUCUAUUAAAGAACCUCCGAUGUUAGAAUUGAAGGAGCUACCUGGUCACUUACGAUAUGUGUUUUUGGGGAAAGAAAUUAUGCUACCUAUUAUGAUUGCAGUUGAUUUGGAAGAACGAAAGGUAAAUGCACUUAUUUCAGUACUUUAG